AUGUUGAAGGUCAACCGGGAUCUCUUCAAGCUAGCCUUUACUUACCCUUGUUUGAUGCAUGCCUCUCUGGCUGUAGCUCUCACCUACGAUCGCUUCCUAAACACAGACUCAUACUCCCGGCGCAGUCUGGAAGAGUGCUACCACUGGUCUCAAAGCACAGCUUUGUUCAAUGAGAAAUUAAGACAACCACUUAAGAAAAGAGACAACGACCCUAUCUGGGGCACCGCGGGCGCGUUGGCUGUCCUCACAUUCUCAUCACCCGAUGCAUACAGACCCGAAUAUUCAUGGCCGUUGAAGCAAUCUACCAAAAAUGACUUGGAAUGGGUGCAGAUGAUCAAUGGAAAGAUGUCGCUGUGGGAGAUGGUCGAGCCACACCGAAAGGAUAGUGUCUUCCAUGUCAUGGCAGCAACCUUUGAUCAGAUGCAAUCGCCCUUGCCAGAAGUCGGAGUACAUGGCAUACCAGAGCCUUUGGCCGAUAUUUGUCUUUUGCACGAUUUGUCGACGGCGGAUAAUAACCCUUACUUCAUCGCCGCGCAUGCUGUGUCUCGUGUGCUCAAUCUACCGGACAGCGAGGUAACGACAGGUCAUACGCAGAUUUUCACGCAUAGUCUGGAUGGGGUGUUUAAAGCAUUGCUUCUCGAGAAGGACUCUGUCGCUCUGCUGUUGUUGUAUCUGUGGUACCGCAAGGCAGGACGGAGUAUUUGGUGGAUUGAGUUGAGGGCGAGGGUGGAAUGUCCCGCCAUUCGGAUGUAUGUGGAGACGUAUCACGGAGACGACGUGGUGGUGAAUGCGCUACUUCAGAAUGAGAAGUUGGUUAUGUUGGACGUGGAGGACAACACUCCUGAUGGACAGUAUGGCGACAUAUCCGUCGUGACAGCAAGUAGUGUACUCUCUUCGGGGGCAAGAUGUGCAGUUCAAUUGCACGAUCGCAAGGAACACAAGGCAUUGGUCAUCGGGGAUGGAUCGAUACGAGAACGGUUGAGAGAGCUGAUGCCGGCGCAAGAGGAUAGCGACACAAAAGGCGAUUGUCCUAUGUUGGCGCAGGAUAGGAUGUGUUCAGCAGUGGACGCGUGA